UUAAUCCUUUCAAUAAACCAAAUCUGAAGCUAGCAACACUAGGAUAAUGCAGUCCAGCGUGGGGAGGACGGCCCAACUGGGCCACGCAGGCCCCUGCUGCAGCCGUCCCGUCGUGCGGAUUCCUCAUUGCUUCAGGCAUCAACACCGCGCGCAAACAGCGCUGCCUCUUCCGCAUCCUCCUGCGGCGAGCGCUGCGUUCGAUGCCUCGUCCGGCGACGCCUCGUCCGCUCAGUCUCGGCCAGAUGGAGACUACAAGCCGUUCCCUCGGCUUGGGGAGCGUGACCCAUACAGGCUGCUGGGCCUGGGCAAGGACGCCGCAUUUGAGGAGGUGCAGGACGCCCGCAACUACCUGUACGAGCUGUACCGGUGGCAUGAGCCCAGCCGGGAGGCCAUUGAGCUGGCAUUUGACCGGAUCACGCAGGAGAAGCUGAAGGCGCGGCACAAGUAUGGCUUCCGCCCGGUGCGCCUGGGCAAGCGGGGCGAUGUGAUGGGAGAGGCCAAGGCGACGUGGGAGAAGAAGGUGAACGACCUGAUCGACCCAACCAUCACCACCCGCACCCUCAUCAACGAGGGCUCUGUAUUCGCCGUACUGUCGCUCUGGGCAACGUUCGCAACGGACCAGUCCUUCCCCCUGGCCGCCGCGUUCGCCUACUCGGUGUACAAGUUCCAGAACAAGCGCGUGAAGCGCGAUCCGGAGGGGCCGUUCUUCGGUGGCAACCCCAUCGUGGGCGCCAUCCUCACCACAGUCAUCGUGCUGGGCACGUGCUGCGGACUUCUGGCGCUUCUGACCACGCCGCUGCAGGCGCUGCUGGGGCCGUCCAUGCGGCAAGCGAGCACAUUCCUGGUCAUCAUGGCGUUGGGUGUUGCCAACGUGUACCUCAAGUAAACAUAUGGCCUGGCGGCGGAGCUGAAGUGGAGCAAUGGAGGCGCAGAGGGCGGCGUGUUGACAGGACGGAGGCUGGGGAGCAGCAGCUGCCGCUGGGCAAUGAGGAGGAACAGAAGGAGAGCGGCAAAGGGGAGCUGGUUGUGCGAGUGAGGACGCGGGCCCAUAGUGUCGGGUGCCUGCCCCAAAGGCGUAGGACAUGCGCACAGCCUGAAGAGAAUCCGCGGCUGUAGGGCCGCAGCGGAUUUUAGCGGAUUGACAUUUCUACGCUCCGGGUGGCGAUUGAAGUCUUGACAACCGUGCUGACCGCGCCCCUGUGCUAGAGUCGUCUGUGGUGCAAGCAUCAAGCGGAUAGGACAAGCGGCUGGAUAAUGUUGGACGCGGCGUUGGCGAGAGCCACGAAUGGCCCUUACUCUCCAUGGGGCAGGGGGCAUGUCGCACCCGGGGAGGGCACUGUUUCUGCGGUAUCUAGAUUAGGCUGAGAUUCUCAGGAAGGCGCUUUGGGAUAGGACAAGCGGCUUGACAUUGCUGCAUGGCGUUACAGAAUGGCAGUUUUCCUGCUGCCGGGAAUCUCGCGCAUACAAGCGUGAUGUGUGCUGACUGCGGAGCGGUUGACAAGUUACCUGCUUGACAGACUAUCUCAGACAGAGUGAUGUUGACCCGUUUAGUGUGACAAGUUUGGGCACUGCAUGUCUGCCAAGGCCAAGUUGUAAAGGCAAGUACGUGGACAGCAAGAGGUGCACCUCCUGUGAACGGCUGGUGCCGGAUGUGCAGGGCGCAAGCGGGCGGUCAGGACUCCAGAAUCAGUGGAGUUCUAGACCG